UGCGGGGCCGAGCAGGCUCGGGGGUGGCAUGGGCAGAGUGCAGCUUUGCUCGGCUCCGGGAGGGCUGGGGACACGGUGCCGAAGGGUGCAUGGCCACAGAAGGGGUGCGGGGGGGGAACGCGGAUAGAGAAGGGUGCAUGGGGACAGGCAGGAGGAUGAGCGAGGGGGUGGCAGGCACAGCUCAUGCAGUCUCUGCCCUCUUUCCCCCAGACGGUGUGUGCGGGGGGCCACAUUGCCAAGACCCUGGGGUACCUGGAGCUGGGCACCUCCGGCCUCCUCAAGGAUGUCCCGUAUGGCUCCCUGAAGCCCCCAGUGCUCAACCCUGGGCGGCUGAUUCCAGCUGAGCCCCCCCAGGGCGCAGGGAUGCCCUCUGUGCGGAGCCCCUGGGACUGGCAGAAGAACCAGACGGCUGGGGAGCUGCCGAGCCCCCGCGCCCGGCGCAAGCCCUCGCUCAAGUCCGGCCGCACCAAGAAGAUAUUCGGCUGGGGUGACUUCUACUUCAACAUCAAGACGCUGAAGUUCAGCCUCCUGGUGACGGGGAAGAUUGUCGAC